UAAUACUGCAGCCAAAAGGAUGACGUAUUGGGGAGUGACUUGAAAUAUGCUCUGAAAAAUCAUCGGAAUCUGAAAAAGGUUCGUCCUUUGCUUCUUGAUCCUUCAGCUUCAUCAUCGAAUUUGACCGGCGAGAACUGAAAUCUUACCCAAAAUGGAUCGAAACCAAAGACCCAGAAGCAUCCUGGAUUCAUUAGGUGAAGAACUCAUCGGAAUCCUCACGCCUGUCUCGAUAUGUAUGUUCACCGUCGUUCUUCUCGUCUGUGUCCUAAACUCCGACCCAUCUUCCUCCUCCGCCUCUUUCUCCUCCAUAGCCACCGCAGCUUACGCCGAGAGCGAUUCCGAUUCCUCCUGGGACAAAUUCGUAGGCGCCGCCUUGAACUCCCUCGUUUUCGUCGCUGCGAUCACUGUCGCAACGUUCGUCCUCGUGCUUCUCUUCUACCUCAGAUGCGUUAGUUUCCUUAAAUUCUACAUGGGUUUCUCAGCUUUCAUCGUUUUAGGGAACUUAGGUGGAGAAAUCUUAGUCUUGCUCAUUGAUCGUUUCAGAUUCCCAAUAGAUUCCAUCACUUUCCUCAUCCUUCUCUUCAAUCUCUCCGUCGUCGGUGUAUUCGCCGUGUUCAUGUCGAAAUUCUCGAUUUUGAUCACUCAAGGUUACUUAGUUGUGAUCGGGGUCUUAGUCGCUUACUUCUUCACGCUAUUACCUGAAUGGACAACUUGGGUCCUUCUCGUUGCUUUGGCACUCUACGACAUUGCUGCUGUUCUUUUACCUGUUGGUCCAUUACGUCUCCUUGUGGAAAUGGCUAUAUCGAGAGACGAAGAUAUCCCAGCUUUGGUCUACGAAGCAAGACCUGUGAUCCGAAAUGACUCACGUUUGGUUCAGAGGAGAGUUUGGAGAGAACGGAGAUCUAACCAGAAUGGUUCCAAUGAUAUUGAGAACACUAGUCGAGACGAAGUAGUAAGAGUAGUUAGAGCAGAAGCAGAAGAAGAAGAACAUGUGGGUUCGAGUGAGAGAUCAGAGAUAUCUGUGCCAUUGAUUGAUCGUAGUAGACCUGAUCAAGCUGAGAAUUCAGAGACUUUUCUUGAAGGAAUUGGGUUGGGAUCAUCAGGUGCUAUCAAGUUAGGACUUGGGGAUUUCAUCUUCUAUAGUGUUUUGGUUGGAAGAGCUGCGAUGUAUGAUUUGAUGACGGUUUACGCAUGUUACUUGGCGAUCAUUGCCGGUUUAGGUGUCACGUUGAUGCUUCUGUCUGUGUAUCAGAAGGCUUUACCGGCUCUUCCUGUGUCGAUCAUGCUAGGCGUUGUGUUUUACUUUUUGGCGAGGUUAUUACUCGAAGUUUUCGUUGUGCAGUGUUCUUCAAACCUUGUGAUGUUCUGAGGAUGAAUUUGAUGUAAACUUUUGAGUACA